GUCAUUGUUUGGGGGCGUAACCCGGAAGUUCCCUGUUCCUGCUGCUCAUUAACGAGGAGACAACAUGCUCUCUGCUCCCCGGCAGAGAACCGACACACCUGCUGCUGUAACCUCCGUUUUAUGAAGUCUGUCCGUCACAUCUUGGUUGAAUUAAUCAGACCGAGAGGAGUUCACGGUCCCGCCGCCGCUCUGCGCCUCUCAGCGGACAUGUUGAAGGAGCUGGAGACCAAAGUGCUGCAGCUGCUGCCGCCGACCUCCAACGGCCCGUCCGCCCCCCAGGAGGGACCCUCAGAUGGAGCUGAAGUCCUGAGCUGCACGCUGAAGGCUCUGAAGGAGGGCCACGUGGUCGGCGUGCCCACAGACACCAUCUACGGCCUGGCGUGUCUGGCCCAGAACUCUGACGCCGUCAGAAAAACCUACGACAUCAAGGGACGAAAUGAGCAUAAACCGCUGGCAAUCUGUGUCGGAGAGAUCCAGGAUAUCUAUAAGUACUGUAAGGUGAAGGUGAAGGAGGCGUUGCUAGGCGACCUGCUGCCUGGUCCCGUCACUCUGGUGUUUGAAAGAUCUGAACUACUGAACCCAGAUCUCAACCCCUUUACAUCAGUAAGUCAACUUCCUCUGGUCGGCGUGCGGAUCCCCGACCACGCCUUUAUGAGACGUCUCUGCCAGAUGUGUGCUGAACCGCUGGCCCUGACCAGCGCCAACAUCAGCUCACAGAGCAGCACGGUGGCCGUACAUGAGUUCCAGGAGCUGUGGCCCAAACUAUCAGUGGUGGUGGACGGAGGACCGAUCAGAGACGACAGCCGCCUCGGCUCCACCGUGGUCGACCUCUCAGUUCUCGGCAAAUACCGAAUCAUCAGACCCGGCUGGUGGAGAACACUGAAACAAACUGUGGGUGGUGGUGAAACGGCUUCAGAAAAUCUUGGAUAUCAACCAGAAACUCAGAACAUUUUGAUGUCUCUGUGAAGUGUCAUUACUGGUGGAAGCUUCCUGAAGCUGCAGUUUUAAAGAUAACGCCACAUUUUGUAUCACUUUCUGUUGAAAUGUCAAAGUAAUUUGAUAUUUUUGUAUACUUGCUGUAUAUCAGUAAUCAGUAUUCUGCCCUACAGAGUCUAACUGCAGUAACUACGCACAGGGUAAAAAUGCUUGACAGUUAUUUUUUUUUGUAACAUUUUUAACUGGCCAGCCAAAUGUGUUAUAGGUUGUGUGAUAAGUGAUAUGACACUUAUUUCUACAUGUAUUGAUGAUGUCAUUUUUAUGCUAAAAAAUCAAGACAAUUUAUUUGGCUCUUGACCCCAAAACUGUAGUUACUGCGUGUAAUUUUAUCUACUUUUUUAGUUAAUCACUAUCUACAUGAUAAUUUCCCUAUCAAAUAAAAUCAUAACUUCUAUUAUUCUUGUCUUCACUAUUAAACAUAAUGAAGAAAUACAAGACUACACUGUAUCACAGUCAAAGUGAAGUCUGCUUUGGUUUUAUGUUUAAAUUCAUUCAAAGAAGACCAUGGUAAGUGCAAUUACUGCGUUCUGCUUUGGUUUUGAGUUGGAUUUUGUAGUUACUGCAAUUAUUAUAUCAUCAUUUCAGAGAAAUAAAGCCAAAUUGAAAGUUUGGAUCUGGGACACUUUCUUUGGGAGGUCAAAAAAUAGGAAACAUAUUUUUAUAUUUUUACAGGCUUAGAAUGAAGUGAAUUGGAGACAAAGCAAAUAUAUGUGAUCAUUCCUUCAGUUUUUACACAACUGAGGAAAAAAGGGAAAUGUAUUAUGUUUGUGGGAUUAUUGCAUUAAAAGCUGCAGAUUUUUAUUAUGUUUGUGGGCAUUAUUACACAUGCUUUAAAGGCGUAUUUCCUGUAAAGAUUCUCUGCUGCAUGCAUCAAGCACCUGCCAGUGUUGUUGAUUUACUGCUGAGCUUUGUGGUGAAGCAACAGUGUCAUCAUCAUGUUCUCCUGCUGGGAGGAGCAGCCUCCUGCUGCACCUGCUGCACCUGCUGCACCA